CACCUCCGAUCCCAUCCCUCCAAAACCCUAACCCACACCCACACUCCUCCUUCCUCGGCUCCUCGCCGCCGCCACCUCCUCCCCGUCGCGCAGCGGCGCCCACCGCGUCACCUGCCAGCCGCCCUCGCGGGUGGCUGCGUCCACGGCGACGACGGAGGACACGGUCGGUCGUCUCCCUAUCCGCCUCUCUCCCUAAUGCCAUACCCAAUCCACCGCCAUCCUCUUCCCAGUGACCUCCAACCUCAUCGCCGGCAGCCCCUCCCCUUUCCUCCUAGAUCGACUCGAGCUGCUCAUGUCGUGGCCAGAUCUGGUAGGAACUCCCUCCCUCCCACCUCGUUCUGCAUCCCGGUAGUGAUGGCGCAGUCCGGCAACAGCGACGCCACUCCGAUCAGCACCCAGCCCGCGGCGGAGGAGGUGACGGUGGAGAGGACGCCCGAUGAGGAGGCGGCCAGGCUGAGGCACCUCGAGUUCGUGCAGCAGGCGGCGGCACAGGCGGUCGUGCUGGCGGCCACGGCCUAUGCCUACGCCAAGCAGGGCGCCGGCCCACUCCUCCCUGGCGUCGACCACGUCGAGGGGACGGUCAAGGCCGUCGUCGGCCCCGUCUACGACCGCUACCACGCCAUGCCGCUCGAUCUCCUCAAGUUCCUCGACCGCAAGGAAGAAGCUGCUGCUGCAGGUUUAUGGCACUUGCAGGGACAACACAAAUUCCAUCUUUUUUUUUCUUUGUUUUGAUUGAUGUGCAUUCAUUACCAAUUCCUGAGGAUGAUUUGUGUUCCUCAUGGCGAUUAGUCUCGGACGCUACAAGCUAUUCUCUGUUGUGUGGUAUAUCCUGAUUGGUGGCAUUCUAUGUGCCAACUUAUCCUGGAAAUGACACAUACAUUCAUAUGCAGUCCUCUGUUAUUUUUCUUUUCUCUGUGUUAAAUGAUCUAAAUGUUCGAACCAAAUGAUCUCAUAGUUUGAAUGCACCAUCGUUUUGCAUAACCUCGGUACAUUUACAUGCACACGCAUACACAUUUGACUGCUGAGUGUUUGAAUUAUUAGAAUGUGGGGGUUGGUCUGCUUAUUCCCAUGUUCUUAAGUUUUGUGUAUUUAGACUGUAACUCUUAAGAUAUCAUUGUAGCUGUAAGUAGACUGCAAGUUACCAGCUGAGUUUUGCUCCGUUGCACAGCAGUAAAUGCCUCUGCAAACAUGAUACUAUAUAUUUGCAUGUCAUAGUCAGCAGUUAGCGUGUGAAAAUGAAGUGAACCAUCAGCUAUGUUAUAUCUGUAGCUCGGCUCCGCACAUGUUUUUGUUUUGUUCUCAGUCUAAUUGUGGUGUGCCUUUGUGAAUUAAUCCAGUAGAUGCUUGAAAAUGAAUUAAUCCAGCUGAGUUUACUGUAGUAUUUUGGUAUGCACUCCUGAACAAGUUAAUGCUGUAUUUUGGUAUGUACUGAUGUACAUGUUUAAUGUGGUGUUUUGGUAUGUACUGCUGAGUUCAUAACCAUUUUGUUUUACAACAUGCAGAUGAUUUCCUUCAUUCAUGUUUCAACGUGAGCUCUAGGUCGAAGUUGCAAGAAGCAAGGAUUCAGGAUCUAGGCAUGCAUGCAUGCUCUCUUAGCCCUGCUUCUGCUCUUUAGGAGAUGUGAAUUUCUGGGAUUUUUGAUGUACUCCCAGCAUUUAUCUUUUCUCUUAUCUCUUUGUUGUUUAGCUAGAACCGUAAAUCCUGAUGCAUGAUGAUCAUGGUUUGUUUUUGUAGAUCUAUUAUGAUGGCGCUUAAAAUUUUACAUGCCUGGAUUUUGAUUGAACUUGUUCUUGUAGGUCUUUCCACUUCUAUGGCCAGUUUAGUUAGAGUUGCACAUGUCAUAACACUAUAUACCAAUAACUCCCAGCUAGUGAGAAAUUUUUUGUCACUCCAUUAACACAUACUGGUUAGUGUUAGUCAUACUAUUUAUGUACAUGGAAUUUGUUGUCAAUUUUGUUAGAAUGCAACCUUUUGGUAAUUCUGGACUUUUCUUUUGUGGUAAUGUAAUGAUGUUACAUGUUUGCUGAUUGUCGUAUAUGGAAAAGACGAAUCCUAUUGUUUUCUUUUUGAUGUACACACAUGCUGAUGGUUGACACUCAUGAACAGCAAGCAACCAUUCUAGUUACUAUCUAGGUGUUCAGAGAUUGUUGUAUUAUUUACGUUCUUUUUACUCCUAGAGUUAUUGUUCACAUUGCCUGUUUUUCUUGGUGCGUACAUGUAUCUCAAGCAUUGUACUUCUGUGUUUUCUUAGGCGGAUAGUGGACAGAUCUACUUUGCUGCUUUGCUGCUUACGGUAGUGUUGCCAUUGCAUUUGUUUGGUUCUGGCCUCAGCAGCAGUAUACUAAUGCUUCAAGAUUUAUUUAUUUUUCUGUUCAUUAUACUAAUGCCUCAGCAACAGUAUACUAAUGAUUGAUAUUCAAUUUUCUGCUUACGUUAGUGUUGCUACCGUUAUUCAUGCCCUCAUGCUUCAGGAUCGACUCCUAGCUGCUUGUGUAUCUGUUUAUUAUUCUGUUCACUAUUCUUUUCCUAGUUGUUCUUUGUUGGAAGAUAUUGCUUUCAUUGACAGCCAUGAUAAUGAUAAUUUCCUCUCUU